AUGGCACGCCGGAGGUUACCAGACAGACCGCCAAACGGGAUCGGUGCUGGAGCUCGUCCAAAUUUGAGACCAAGAAGGUUGGACACUAACCAAGCACUGGAAACGUUAACGAAACCUUUCAAAGUUCCGUUUAAAGUUAAUAAAACCGACCAUGCCAAACGAUAUGGAGUGAGAUCUUCAAGAAGAUCUCAAACGACUUAUGCAAAUAUGGAUUCUUCCUUAGAUUCUGAUUUGCACGUUAAAAGGAAAGAUGCACUAUCUUUAUCCAGAUUGAAUGCAGAGCCAUCAAGACUGGAUACAAUAUAUUCAACAUUAAGACGGUCAUUUACCGUACCGAUCAAGGGGUACGUUCCAAGGCACAAUAUUCCGAUGGCUUUGGGAACCAAGGCAAAAGUUGUUAUACCACCAAGACCGUUGCAUGAUCCGACAGACGAGCUUGCCAUCGUUCUUUAUGAUCCUACAGUGGACGGUGAUAUCCCUGAGCAGCAUGAAGAUUUGGAAUCGUUUAGACAAAAUGCAGUAGACACUAAGAAGUCUCAAAAGGGGAAGGAUUCAGAGUCGCAAGACCAGAAAGCAAAGGAAUCUUCGCCCAAUUCUGCUCCAUCAAUUCAUCACCCUAAAAUGCUAUCCAACGGUGUGAAGAAUAAAACCCUAAAAGAGCUAUUAGGAUCUUCUGAAGAUAAUACAUCAAAAAAGUUCCCCAACGUACCAGUUGUGAUUGAUCCCAAAUUGGCUAAGAUUUUAAGACCGCAUCAAGUUGAGGGUGUUAGAUUUUUGUAUAGAUGUGUUACUGGUUUAGUCAUGAAAGACUUUUUGGAUGCCAAAACAGUGUUGGACUCAAGCUCUCAAUCAAUGGAAAAAGCUGAUACACAAGCUGAUUCUAACAUAACAGGUUCGAAAUCACCGGUUGAAACUGAUGUCUCGUCCCUUAAAGACGUUAUUAAAAUCAAUGAAAAUUCUAGAAACAGGGGAGCCUAUGGGUGUAUUAUGGCAGAUGAAAUGGGAUUGGGUAAGACAUUACAAUGCUUAGCGUUAAUGUGGACCAUGUUGAAACAAGGUCCGCAAGGUAGGAGAUCAAUUGAUAAAUGUAUUAUUGUGUGUCCAUCAUCUUUAGUCAACAAUUGGGCAAAUGAAAUUGACAAAUGGUUGGGACCAGGUUCUCUUUCUUCAUUGGCUAUUGACGGUAAAAAGUCCAGUCUAAAUAAUGGAAAUGUGGCGGAUUCAGUGAGUCAUUGGGCUUCAGCUCAAGGUAGAAAUAUCGUCAAACCUGUCCUCAUCAUUUCUUAUGACACUUUAAGGCGUAAUGUCGAACAGUUAAAGAACUGUGAGGUUGGACUAAUGUUAGCAGAUGAGGGGCAUCGUUUGAAGAAUGCAGAUUCCUUAACAUUCACGGCAUUGGAUUCCAUUAGGUGUCCGAGAAGAGUUAUUCUAUCGGGAACUCCGAUUCAAAAUGAUUUAUCGGAGUAUUUUGCAUUAUUAAAUUUCUCAAAUCCCGGAUUGUUGGGUUCCAGAAAUGACUUUAGGAAAAACUUCGAAUUACCGAUUUUACAGAGUAGAGAUUCAUUGGCUACAGAUGAAGAGGUCACUUUGGGUAAGGAUAGGUUGAGACAACUUUCAAACAUUGUCUCGAAGUUCAUUAUCAGGCGUACCAACAAUAUUUUGGCAAAAUAUCUACCUUGCAAAUACGAGCAUGUUAUAUUCAUAAAUUUAACACCAUUUCAGCAAUCUCUAUAUCAGCAUUUCAUUGAAUCAAGAGCUGUUAAGAAGAUCGUUAAAGGGGAUAGUAACCAACCGUUGAAGGCAAUCGGUUUGUUAAAAAAAUUAUGUAACCAUCCAGACUUAUUAGAGCUAUCUGAAGACAUUCCGGGUUCAGAAGAGUUAAUACCCGACGAUUAUCAAUCUUCUGUUGACUCCCGCACUUCAAGAAAUAGAAGCGUUAUUCAGACAGCUUUUUCCAGUAAGUUUUCGGUCUUGGCAAGAUUUUUGUACAAAAUUAAAACGGAGUCUAACGACAAGAUUGUGUUGAUUUCAAACUAUACCCAGACGCUAGACUUGAUUGAAAAAAUGUGUUUUAGUAACCACUAUGGCGUAUUGAGAUUGGAUGGUACCAUGAACAUCAAUAAAAGACAAAAGUUAGUGGACCGGUUCAAUGAUCCGGAGGGACAAGAGUUUAUAUUUUUGUUAAGUUCCAAGGCCGGUGGUUGCGGUAUAAACUUGAUUGGUGCCAACAGAUUGAUUUUAUUAGAUCCAGAUUGGAACCCGGCUGCAGAUCAACAAGCUUUGGCUAGAGUUUGGAGAGAUGGGCAAAAGAAAGAUUGUUUUAUCUACAGAUUCAUUAGUACUGGUACCAUUGAAGAGAAGAUUUUCCAAAGACAAUCGAUGAAGAUGAGUUUGAGUUCAUGUGUUGUGGAUGAAAAGGAGGAUGUUGAACGAUUGUUCAGUUCGGAUAAUUUGAAGCAAUUGUUCAAACUUGAUACAAAAACCAUAUGUGAUACCCAUGAGACAUAUAAUUGUAAACGCUGUAAGAAUGGAAAGCAAAUUUUGAAAGCUCCGGUAAUGCUAUACGGUGACGCGACUUCGUGGAAUCAUUUGAAUCACGAUGCAUUAGCAAAAACAAACGACCAUCUCUUGAAAAAUGAAUUCAAUCACAAAGACAUCAGUUUUGCAUUUCAAUAUAUAUCGCAUUGA